UAACGAGAAGCAGACAGCAACUUGACUAUUUGUUUUGUAACAUGGAUGCAGAUUGCGUUCAUCAUAUUGAAAUUCUUGCUCGAGAUGGAGAAUCUGUUACUCGGGAAUUCGUUACAAAAUAUGGUUUUAUUUUGUUCGCGAAAAGGUCAUGUUCAUUCGCGAAUCAAUGGGUUCUUAAAUCACGUAAUGUGAUUUUUAUGGUGACACAAUCGAAGUUGUUUCAUCAUGCGCAGCAAAUCGAGUCAAAAAUACAAGAUUUGAUAGACAAUGAUGAUUUUUAUUUAGUGUCAACUGAAUUGAAAUACAAAGGAACACAUAAAACGGAGAGUGGGUCUUUCAAAAAUUGUGAUGAAAUCGACACGGUGAACAAUGUAGCUUUGAAGGUCAAAAAUGUCAGAUCGUGCUUGCAGCGAUUGAAUGCACGUGGAGCAACUAUAUUAAAGGAAGAAACAACUAUUGUGGACGAUUUAGGGGAAGUAGAUAUAGCAAUAGUGAAAUCUUGUGUUGGAAAUGUGAUUCAUACUCUGCUUAAUUGUGAUAGAUACAAGGGAGCAUUCCUACCCCACUUCAAUAUCAUUCCCCAAAAUCAUGCAUGCGAGAAAGCGGAUUCUGACAUAGUGAAUUUAACACACUUUGACCAUGUGACAUUUGCAUGCGAAGUUGGUACAUCAUCAGCUGUCUUACGGUGGUAUGAGGAGUGCCUUGGAUUGAAAAGAUUUCUGAUGAACAGUGAUGAAGAUACUGAUGAUGGUUUUGUGAUAAAUACAACAGACAUUGGUCUGCGACUGAAGGCUAUGGAGUACUGGCACUGUGCUGAAACAGGAAUCACUGCAGCACAUCAAUCUGACAGUGUCAACACUAUCAAGUUUGUUAUAGCAGAGGCUUUACCAGAUCAAGGUCCUAACCAGGUGGCUACCUUCCUGACAGAACAUGGUGGGCCAGGAAUCCAGCAUAUUGGGCUCCAUACGCCAGACAUUGUGACUACAGUAUCCACUCUGAUGAGAAGGGGUGUAGAUUUCGCUGAACCACCAUACACUUAUUACACAGAGAUCGGAAAACUGGAAGACAUUGAGCAGAUCGGUCAGUGUGUCGCGAUCCUGGAGACCAAUGGUAUACUGGUAGAUAUGGAGGUGGACAGAGAGCAAGAUGUUAAGGAGAGUGGGAGAUCAAAUGUACAGGAGAGCACCAGAGGGGAACAGAGUGGGGAACAAUCAGGGAAGGAUGGACACAACAGUAAAAGGUACUUAAUGCAGAAAUUCACCAAGCCUCUCUUUGAUAAAAACACCUUUUUCCUGGAAGUGAUACAUCGUUCCGGGGCCACAGGAUUUGGCUCUGGUAAUAUCACAGCUCUAUGGAGAUCUGUCCAAGCAUACAUGUCUUCUCAGCAGAAGCCUUCUGUCACAAUGUCCAGUUGACAGGAAGCUGUCCAGCUCUCUAUGGAAUUCUAUCUAGGCAUAUCUUUUCCCAGUAAUUACAUAGCCACCUGAUAGCUGAAAUAUGUUUGAGGAAAUUUUCUAUCACUACAUCAGGUACCUACAGCAAUUGCAGACUGGGGUAUGAUGAAGUUUUGUUUUCAUGAAUAUUAUAUUUUGUUAGCCCACCAUCAUCAGAUGGUGGGCUAUUCAAAUCGCCCUGCGUCCAUGGUCCGUGGUCCGUCCCUCCGUUCGUCAGUAAACAAUUCUUGUUAUCGCUAAUU